GUUAGGCAGCAGCGGAUUAUCGUUGACUGUACAUACGUUAAAUUUCGCGAACUUUCUCUUAAAUUCGAUCACUGAAUUAUAAGAUAAAAGGAAAGUAACAAAUACAGUUGUAGUUGUUCUGCUUGUUCUCCCUUUCGAACCGUGGAAAUGAACAGAAUAGUUAUAAACGGAAAUGUACGAUAGAUAUUAUUUUGCGACCAGUUCCAAAGGAUUUAGCAGAAGAUGCUUCAGACGCUACGCGAACGUUCGCAAAAACGCAAGAAAUUGCUCGCUCAGACGUUAGGUGUUUCGAGUGUAGACGAGUUGCGGCAAAUUCUUGGAACGGAUGUCGACGAUACGCAGAAGAAAAAAUUGAAAUCGGUAUCAGAGAAAUCGGAGAACGGAGUGAAAGAUUUAAAAGGUGAAACAGCACCGACCGACGAAAUCGUUUACAAAGACUCGUCGACGUUUUUAAAGGGAACGCAAUCGUCGAAUCCGCAUAAUGACUACUGUCAACAUUUCAUCGACACGGGUCAGCGACCUCAAAAUUUCAUUAGGGACGUGGGUCUGGCGGACAGAUUCGAGGAAUACCCGAAACUGCGAGAGCUGAUCAAGUUGAAAGAUGAUUUAAUCGCCGAAACCGCAACACCGCCCAUGUAUCUAAAAACCGACCUGUUUACGUACAAUUUGAAGGAACUGAAUUGCAAGUUCGACGUAAUUUUGAUCGAACCUCCUUUGGAAGAGUACCAACGCACCUGUGGUGCUACAAACGUGCAACUUUGGAAUUGGGAUCAGAUAAUGGAAUUGGAUAUCGGCGAAGUGGCGGCCAAUCGGAGCUUCGUGUUUCUGUGGUGCGGCAGUAGCGAUGGACUAGAUAUGGGACGUUUCUGUCUUCGGAAAUGGGGUUUUAGACGAUGCGAAGACAUAUGCUGGAUUCGCACCAACAUUAAUAACCCAGGGCACAGUAAAAACCUAGAUAGCAAGGCCGUACUUCAGAGAACCAAAGAGCACUGCCUGAUGGGUAUCAAGGGGACCGUCAGACGAUCCACGGAUGGAGAUUUCAUUCAUGCAAACGUCGAUAUUGAUUUGAUCAUUUCGGAGGAGCCUGAAUAUGGUUCUAUAGAAAAGCCUGUCGAGAUUUUUCACAUAAUCGAACACUUCUGUCUCGGCAGACGACGAUUGCAUUUGUUCGGUCGAGACAGUACUAUUCGACCAGGAUGGCUUACUGUAGGCCCUGAGCUAACCAACACGAAUUUCAACGCAGACCUCUAUACUAGUUACUUUGCCAAUGGUCAAAUCACCACUGGUUGUACAGAACGUAUCGAAGCUCUCAGACCAAAGUCUCCACCGCCAAAGGGGAAAGUCGCCGGUCGAGGUAGAGGCGGUUUCACUCGAGGACGUGGUAGAGGAAGGUAAAACGGUCCGCUGGCGAUGAUCGUUUUAAAUCCUUUCUUUACGUAUUGUAAUGACCAAAUACACCACACGUUGCCAAAACGUUGGCAACCAGAUCACCACAUCUCUUCCGUUAAAAGAUUCGGUAUCACGUGAAGAAAGCUUGUACCUUUGUAUUGUACGAUAAUUUGUUUUACAUAUUGUGUUAUAGCGUAUUUCGAAUAUACCGCGCUACCGAAUAUACCAAUUCUCUUCAAUUACAUGUAUAUAUAAUCACGCAACGAAUCAGUUAACGCGCGAAUGGUAUCGAAACUAUCGGGCAUUUUUCUCACACCCUGACUUAUGAUUUAGAAUCGAAUAUCACGAUGUUUCUAACAAUAUACACCGCAUUACGUGUAAAUACUUUUAUCCAUUCGCGUCCUAUUUGGAAUAUUUUGUAACGCAAACCAAUAUACAACAUGUUCGAAAUAAAGUCCAAUAUCGAAUCGAU